CACAGAUAAGCGUAUUCUCUAAUCUUCGGCAGCAAAAAAUCACAUAACCAUACUGUUUUCACUUAGAGGAACACAUUUAAUUAAGAUUUUGUUAUGGUAUUUUUUUGUACAUUUACUAACACACUAUAAUCCAUUAUAUAAACUGCACUCAAGAUUUAGAUUUAUUAAUUAAACCUUUCGAAACAUGGCUGCCAUUUUUACAUCCUCCUGUUUCCAAAUUCUGCUCAUUGCUACAAUCAUCCUCUCCAGUUCCAUAUUCGCACACGCCACGGGUCCGUUUAACAAAAUUUACGCCUUCGGCGAUUCAUUUACGGACACCGGAAACACGAGAACUCUAGCGAAAGACCUCGGCGGUUUCAGCCACGUUUCGAAUCCUCCAUAUGGCAGCACAUUUUUUCACCACCCGACGAAUAGAUUUUCGGACGGGCGGCUCGUAAUCGACUUCAUAGCUGAGAAAUUUUUACUGCCUUUUCUGCCACCUUAUUUGUACCUCAAAGGCAAUGCAGCUAUUGGGGUGAAUUUUGCAGUUGGUGGCUGUACCGCUAUUAGUCAUGAUUUUUUUGUGAAAAAUAAUAUGACACUUAAUGUUGUACCUCAAUCUAUUGGAACUCAGAUCGGUUGGUUCAAUCAGAUUUUGGCCAAGCAGGGGUGUAAAGGUUCGGUUAAUUCGAGCCCUGCUUGUAAAGCUGCUUUAGAAAAUUCUUUAAUUUGGUUUGGUGAAAUUGGAGUUAAUGAUUAUGCUUAUUCAGCGUUGAGCUCAGUAUCUAAAGAAACCAUUCAGAAACUUGUGAUCGGUGCCGUAACUAAGGCUCUUAAGGAAAUUCUAAGCAAAGGAGUGAAAAAUGUUGUAGUCCAAGGAUUACCUCCGACAGGAUGCUUACCAUUAGCACUAGCAAUGUCUCCAUCAAACGACAGAGAUGAAAUGGGCUGUGAGAAGAAUUCAAAUAUUCAAAUCAAAGUUCACAACACAGCUCUGCUUGCAGAAUUACAACAGCUCAGAAAGCAAUUUCCUACUGCUAAAAUCAUCUACCUCGACUACUACAAUGCCUACGCGACGGUUCUGAAAAAUCCCGGAGCUUUUGGAUUCAGGGAACCGUUCAAGGUAUGCUGCGGAUCAGGAAAUCCCCCGUACAAUUUUAAUUACUUCGCGACAUGUGGCUUACCUAAUGUGCAAGCUUGUCCAAACCCUGCUCAGUACAUUAAUUGGGAUGGAGUUCACCUCACUGAAGCAAUGUAUAAUGUGCUUGCUCACAUGUUUGUUAAUGGAGGCUUUGCUCAACCACCUUUUUCGGUUCUUGUUGGGAAGUAAAUAGGAAGAACGGUGAAUCUUUCGCCAUUACAGUCGAUAGUAUAUUAUUGGCGCCAGCAGCUUUUACGAGCUGUAUGAAAGUGCGGGAAAAUACCGUCAAAAUACAGAUUAUUUAGUAUGUAAAAGAAAAGUAUAAGUCGUUUCGUAGGUGAAAUCCGUUCAAAAAACCUCAUUUACCAUGUAACAAAAUAAAAAGUGUAAAAAGAGUAAAGAAAAAAAUAAACUUUCUAACUCAAACACAGUAAUUU